AAAACAAACGAAGAAAAUUAAAAAAGAAAAAAAAAAAGAAAUUAAAAGAAAAAAAAUAAUGACAACGCUGUUCCAGAUCAUCUCUCUCCGCCACCACCACCCUCUCCCCGAUCAGAAUUUCAAACCCAAAACCCCCCUUUUCCCCAUCUUCAAUUAAGCCCUAAAUUAAUUUACUGUUUUCCUUUUUUUUUUUUUCUUUUUUUGGUUGAUGAUGAUUGUGAAAUUGUUCUUUUGGGGGAGUAGAAACAGGGGUUUGAAAUUCCGUUGAUGAUUUAACCCUUUUCGGCUUUUCCCCACCACCCACCACCCACCACCCACCACCAAUCAUAGUCCAUACGUACCCUUUCUCUGCUCUCCUGUACAGCUGAUCCAGCCCCCACCCCUCUCUUUUUUGACCCGCUACUGUUGCUUCUAUUCCCUUCGUUGCCCUCCUCAAAAUUAGGGUUUUCGUUUCCUCCCUCUCUCUCUCUCUCUCCCUUUUUUUUUGUUUGCUGAUAUUUUUUUUUCUCGCCCUUCUGGUUUCUGUUUCUGUUCUCUCGAUCUUCGUGUUUUCCGAUCUCUUCCUCUUCGUAUACCUAUCUUGCAAAUACAAAUUCAAAUUCGCCGUUUGUGUAUAUAAUUUAUAUAUAUAUCACAGUAAAUAAUUGAAGCAAAAAAAUGAAUUUUUAUUCACUUUCAGCCGCAGUUAGGGUUUUUAUUAGGGUUUUCUGUUAAUAUGGUACUGCAUCUCCAUUGGAUCGACUUCAGUAUGAACUAAAUCGCCGAUCCCCCUUCUGUGAUUGUUUUAUUUAGCCCUCUUUUUUAUUAUUUGGGAGUUAUCUUCCCACUGCUUUCUGUUUAGUUGAAUUUAGUUGAAGUGAGCGGUUAUGGCUUAUCAGCAGCAGCAACAACAGCAGCAAAUACCUGGUCCUAGCUCAGGUUCGGGCCCCGGUGGAUUCCAGUAUAUGAAUUCUCCAUUUGGAGAUACCACUUUCACUAAGGUUUUCGUGGGAGGUUUGGCUUGGGAGACUCAGAGUGAGACCAUGAGACGAUAUUUCGAGCAAUUUGGGGAUAUUCUUGAAGCUGUGGUCAUCACUGAUAAGAAUACUGGCCGAUCUAAAGGAUACGGUUUUGUGACUUUCCGGGAUCCUGAAUCAGCUAGGAGAGCUUGUGCUGAUCCAACUCCAAUUAUUGAUGGGAGGCGAGCAAAUUGUAAUUUGGCUUCACUGGGUAGACCUCGUCCAGUGGUUCCUUUCGGACGCCUUAGGUCUCCAUCACCUUACAUUGGAGGCGUACAAGCUGGUAGGGGUGCUGCUUAUGUUGGAAAUUAUGGGUACCAGCAGCAACCCGUUACUUAUGGAUAUCAACAAGGCUUGAUGUAUUCUCCAUAUGGGUACGCUUCAUACAGUCCAGAAUAUGCGUAUUCUCAGGGUGUUUACAAUCCAUACGGAAGUCAACAAUACGUUCCUAUAUAUGGUGUGCCUGGAUCACUCAAUACAACAAUGUAUCCUUACAGUCAGUUGAGCCAGGCUGUUCCAGCAAAUCAUAACUACACUGCAGUGCCUGGAUACGCAAUGCCAGGUCAUCAGAUAGUGCAAUUUGGUGGGCCCACUGUCAAUGCAAUGACAACAGCUUCCGUUCCAACUAUUCCAGUUCCAUAUCCUACAGGUGUCGCAACACAUAUUCCACAACAGCAACAAUUUAUAAUGUCUGCGCAUUCUUCUCAAUUCAUGCCUGGUAGCGGUUCUGACCAAAAUGCUGGGUGAGGGUUUUAAUCUAGGUUCCGUUAGAUUGCAGCAGGACUAAGAACAGCAGUACUGCCACUUGAUUGGCGGGCUUCAAAUCUAGCCUUGCAAAUUAUUCGUUUUGCAUUCUAGAGGUCUUACAAGUGUCUUGCUCACCAGAGAAAGUCAAAUGUCCGAAUCGCUCCUGAUGGUGGAGAGAGGAAGUGGGAAGUGCGUAUUGCACAUAUCCUUUUAUAACUCUUGCUGUACCUAUAACUCUUGUUGUAUUCUGCCAGCCCUUGUGGAUAUGACUGGUAGAGUGUCGAUUGCGACUGGAAUUGGUUUCCGGCUCCCAAUCUGUGAAAUAAUGAACCCGUCGUGUAAAAAAAGAAAAAAAAACCGACCUUUUUUUCUUUUUUUGGAAAUUUCGGUGGAAUCAAGAUAUGAUUCUUUUACAGUUAGUCCAGUCAGCAUCUCGGGUGUGUAUAUACACCUUUGUAGUCGGUCUCUGUCGUUGUGUUGCAUCCUUGCAUUGCAUUGCAUUGUGUAUUUAGACAAGUCAGGUCCAGCAUCUUUCUUUGUGCAUAACAGCAUAUUUUUAGGGUUUUAUUUUUUUCUUCACCGCUUGUAAAAAAUCGGAGAUUCUUAAUUUUUAAGAGCCUCGCUUCAAAAUAUGAAUGAACGAAGCUCAUUGUCACAAA